AUGGACUACCCCGGCGCCAUCACGAUCGUCUGUGGCCUCACUCUAGUGGUGUUUUUAAUCUUGCAAUUAGCAUACGCACCUGCCGGUUGGAGAACGCCGUAUAUUCCAGUCUGUCUCAUACUUGGUGUCGCGUCACUCCUUGCGACAUUCUACAUCGAAACGCGCGUCUCUGCUCAGCCUCUCUUGUCAGCUUCGAUCUUCACUACCCCUUGCAUGAGCCCUCUUCUGUUGGCCCUCUUUCUACUUUACGGCGCAUGGGGCAUCUUUUCUGUAUAUGGCACACUCUACUUCCAGAACAUCAUGUCUGCCAGUCCGUUGCAGGCGGUAGCGUGGUAUAUGCCUCUCGGCCUUGCAGGCCUCAUUCUCAGCAUCAUCGAAGGCUUCAUCUUGCACCUGGUUCCAGGACGUGUCCUGUUGAUCAUUUCCGGUCUAGGGGCAGUAGGGUCACAGCUUCUCAUAGCUCUGAUUCCCCUUGGAGGAAGUUAUUGGGCUUGGGUCUUCCCUGCAGUCAUCUUCAGCACCGUGGGAACUGAUCUGUCCACCAUCUUGAUGACAGUUUUCGUAACCACAACGUUUCCUACAGCACAGAAGGGACUGACUGGAAGUGUUAUUAAUUCUGUGCUGCAGCUAGGUGUAGCGUUCGUCCUUGCUUUGACGGACAUCAUCCAGUCAGCAACGGUUGAUGAAGCAGGAUUGGGGAAGAGUUAUAAGAACACAUUCUGGUUUGGAGUGGGUGCUGGAGCUACGAGCUUGUUGAUUCUGGCAAUCUGGGGGAAGGUACCUAAGGCCAGUAGUGAUUUGACCGCGGACGAGAAGGCUGAACUCUUGAAAGAGGCAAUGGCUGAGCACGAAAGGCAAUCGGCCAAUAGCGAUGGUACUCCGCGAGGUGCAUGGACCCACAUUAGACCUCUACUCUCGAACUUCUGCUAA